UUAUAACAACUUUUAACCUAAAAAAAUUCACAUAUGAUCGCGCAGUAGUACUCGUACGUAAUAUAAUUAUUCAAAAUCUAGUCUAACGAAAGGAGAUGAGUGAUGCCGAACUGCAGGAGGAGGAAAGAGAAGUAUUAUUCUCAAUAUACGAUGGCGAUCCGGCUUUUAAACAGCUGACACCCACGACAUUUCAGUACAAGUAUGGAGAAGACAACAGUAUGAAAUCAUUUCUAUUGGAAAUUUCAUGGGGUGAAACAUAUCCUACGGAAAAACCGAUCAUCAAUAUGAACACAUUUUACAAUAAACAUAUUGUACAAGAAGUAAAAGACAAGGUGAUGAGUCACAUAGAAGCAGAGGCUGAGCAAUGGUUAGGUAGCGCUAUGACGUAUACCUUAUUUCAGUCUGUCCGAGAAUAUUACACAGACUUAGUGUCUAUGCAACCAGAUUCAGUUGUCGAUAUAAAUUCUCAUGCUAGUAGACUGAAGAUCACAGAUGAAAAUCAACAGGUUGAAGAGACGAUAAAGAAACCGAAGAAGGAACAUUUGAGCAAAGCACAGAAACGUAGGCAGUGGAACAAAGCAGAUGGUAAAGGCGAAAGACCACGAGGUUGGAAUUGGGUAGAUAUAGUGAAACAUUUAUCACAGACUGGACCUAGAUCAGAGCAAGAGUCUUAGUCAGCUAUACCAUUUUGUACAGUAUAAAAGCAUAUUAUAUUUUUAUAAAUUGUUGGAAAUAAAAUCAUUUCCUUAUCUA